ACGACACGAACGGCCAUUAGAAACGAAAAUUUAUCAAACAGGGGCAAAUCUUGGCCUGUAUAUCGUUGAAAAUACCACACAAAGGCACCGAUUGACGAUCCGCUGAACCUAAGACGAUAGCCGAUUUAUCCAUCUACAGCUACUACGUCGGUUUCAGGUUCUAUGGGUAAUUUUUGGUGGGAAAAAAUAGGCGAAGCUAUUGCUGUCUUGACAGAAUAAAUAAUUUUUGUGUGAGACCAGAGAUAGAUCAAUGAAAUGUAAGCGAAAUCGAGGACUUUCAGAUAAAUAACUUUUUUAUUUGGAUACAAAAUCAUGAGCGGUAGGCCAAGGACAACGUCGUUCGCCGAAGGGAGUAAAGCUGGGAAUUCAUCGUCAUUUGGAGGCAUGAGAACCAUAAAUCAGGGGAAGGAUGGCAGUAAGGUGACCACUGUGGUAGCCAAUGCAGGCCAGGGACCUGAUCAGCCUCAGGAGGUCUCCUACACAGACACAAAAGUCAUCGGGAAUGGGUCCUUCGGGGUGGUCUACCAGGCCAAGCUUAUAGAAUCUGGGGAACAUGUUGCAAUCAAAAAGGUCCUGCAAGACAAACGUUUUAAGAAUCGGGAAUUACAAAUCAUGAGGAAGUUAGAACAUCAGAAUAUUGUAAAGCUAAAGUAUUUCUUUUAUUCUGCAGGAGAAAAGAAAGAUGAGGUUUACCUGAAUCUUGUACUGGAAUAUGUACCAGAAACAGUUUACAGAGUAGCUCGGCAUUAUAGCAAGUCUAAACAAACAAUACCCAUACUAUACAUAAAGCUUUACAUGUACCAGUUAUUCCGGAGUCUAGCCUAUAUUCAUUCACAAGGCGUAUGCCAUAGAGAUAUUAAACCACAAAACCUCCUGCUUGAUCCCGAAACUGGAGUCCUUAAAUUAUGUGACUUUGGCAGUGCAAAAACUUUAGUGAAAGGGGAGCCUAAUGUGUCUUACAUAUGUUCACGUUAUUAUCGUGCUCCGGAGUUGAUAUUUGGUGCUACAGAUUAUACAUCCCAAAUAGAUGUCUGGUCAGCAGGCUGUGUGUUAGCAGAGCUACUUCUCGGUCAGCCAAUUUUCCCGGGUGAUAGUGGCGUGGACCAGCUAGUGGAGAUCAUCAAAGUCCUGGGCACACCGUCAAGGGAGCAGAUUCGAGAGAUGAAUCCCAACUAUACUGAGUUUAAAUUCCCCCAGAUAAAGGCGCACCCCUGGACUAAGGCACGUGUGUUCCGGCCCCGCACCCCUCCAGAGGCUAUCCAGCUUGUGAGUCGUCUCCUGGAGUACACACCAGUCGCCCGCAUAUCACCCCUGGAGGCCUGUGCCCAUCCCUUCUUUGAUGAACUAAGGGAGGCUAGUACCAGGCUACCUAAUGCACGAGAAUUGCCACCUUUAUUCAACUUUACCCCACAAGAGCUGUUGAUCCAGCCCUCUCUCAACACGGUACUAAUUCCGUCUCAUGCCCGGCCCCAGACGGCAGAAGAUCCCGCAGCUACCAGUCAACAGUCAACCCCAGACAACCCAGCACCCAGCACGGAGGUCCCGCCCCAGGGGGCCACAGCUGCGGGCAGUACCGCUUGACCUCGAGCACCACACACAUAGAGUCAUGAACAUUCUAGCUGUGGUGUAGAGUCUGAGAGAAGGGGACAUAACUCAGGUGUAAUGUAUGAGGGACUAGCCAUGUCACAAAUACUCCCAUAUCUUGUACAGACAACAGAAUUAGCAUACUCCUACAAAGCUCGCCCAAUAUACCCCCUAAAAUUUUAACUGUGUGACACAGGCUAUAUGGUGACUAUCAUGGGCUCUCAUUACAGGACAAUCUAUGUUCCCUGGCUGACUCCCCUUAAAGGACGGAUUUCACUUGACUUGUUGAUGCAUGCCUUGACCCCCCGCCAGCAGAGUAGACUUAACCGGGGGAGUGUGUGUGGUAUAUGUGCAUGGCGCUCGGGCUCUUGUAUGUGCCAGUGUGGUGAUACAACCUGGAGAUUUGUGCUGACCUCCGUCAGACUCCACACUGGCAAAUACACUGGACAGUUUUAGGCCUGAAGUUUUAUUGUACAGUAGCGUCUUCAAGAAGAGAGAAGGCUACUACUGUUUUGUUAAGACGAGUGGUUCAGAAGUCAGCCAGUAUGUGUGUGUGAGAUUUUAAAUAACUGUGUCUCAUAUAUAAUUAUUGAUUGAUAUCACAAUGUACAUAGACUACCAAUUGACAUGGCUGAAGAAAAGGUUAGGUUGUCCCAUCAGUGCCAGAGGCCCCAUCCCGGACUCGCACUAGCCUACACAGCAGACUUUCCUGGGAUAGCUGGCCUUCAAUAAACUGGCAUGUUUGUGAGCGAAAAUUACUUGUUGUAGUUAAAGAAAUGAGAUAUUUUAUAAAUGUACAGUUGUUUUAUGUGCCUGUUGUAGUUGUGUCUUAGUCUUAGCUUGGAUAACUUAUAAACCUCUCCUGGUCAUUGUAUGUGUAGAGAUCCAGAAGUUGGAGAACUGCCAGACUGUGCUCACCUCUAAUCACUUGUACUUACCUGUGUCUCUGUCCUAGCACAAUGUGUCAUCCCCCAGCACUUUGUCACCUCUAGACAUUCAAGCCAAUUGGUGUUCCAGUAGGAUUUUUUUAUUUUGGGACAUGUUAUAAACCAGAUGCUAAAGCCUUCAUAAACUAGGUAAUAUACCUCAUUAUGAGAGUACCACAGUAGAUUGUCUGAGCCAUUUGUGUCACCCUGAGCCCCGCGGCUACAGCUCUGGGGAAUUCAUCAACGUUAAUGAAUAUCACUGUCAUGUCAGCGCAGGAUGAAUCUAUAUUGCAAUAUUUAAACAAAUUUGAUAACAAAGACAGCGAUUUGAUUUCCCUUCAAGACUCUGAUCUCUUAUGUAGCAGAUCAUCUGCAAAUAUCAGCUGUUGCUAAAUGAGUGUAGAUCAUAAUUGGAUAAUGAUCAGUAAUGGAAAGUUGGAGGGGGCCUCGGGAACAUAGAGCACUAAUCAGGUGGAACAUUCUUUUCACACACCAUGGAGCAGUAAGUAGGGAUGUUUUCCUAAACAGCCACAGGUUUGCACACCAUAGAUCAGUAACUGGGGAUGUUUUCCAAAACCACCCACAGGUCUACUCGCCAUGGAGCAGUAACUGGGGAUGUUUUUUGAAACACCCACAGGUGUACAAACCACGGAGCAGUAAUAAACACUCCGCUCUACACAGGAUAAGCUUCUCCAGACUUGUAUUAUUUGGACAGGUCCAGGACUGUAUUACAGAGUUUUCUCCCUUUUUCAUAUUACUCAAAGGUACAGUGCUGUCGUAUAUCUAUAUAUAUAUAUGUGUGUGUGUGUAUGUCUGUGGUUGAAAGGUCAUGCUAGCUACAAUCAGUGUGCAUGGGUGUGUUACCAACCCCACAUUUUAUCCGUGUUAAUGUUCUGUUGAUUUUUCGUCCUUUUAUAAAAAGUAAACUGCUCUUGACAGUUCCCCGACUUAAGUUAUUUGUCUCACCUUUGCAUCAUAAGCUGACCAGACCCGUUCAUCCCAAAUGCUGUAAUAAACAUGAAGGUGUCUGGUUGUAUGCUCUUUGAAGCUGUCCCAAUCCUGUAUAUAGGCCAAUAUAAUCAUUUGCAUGAUAUAUAGAACAGUGCAAAAUUGACUUCUGUAAGACACACCCUCUCCCCCACCCCUAUUAAAUUUAUAAAUGAAGUCAUUUAAAUAUGUUUUGGUACAUUAAAGAUAAUGGUAUUUUCAGUUGUUUAUUAAGCAUACUUUAGACAUUUCUUCAGAGGCAGUAUGGCCCUUGGCUGGACUCUCAAAACAAAGAGUAUAUGUCAUAGUGUAUGUAUAUUUAUUACCUGGAAGGGUAUGCCGUUUUCCAUUGGAAACCUCAGUCUCUCCCUCAAAAUUCCAUUUUCCUUGUCAGUACUGUAGAUGUACCGGUUCUCUUGUGUUAGAGAGGUGAUUAGUGUUUAUUGUAUAGCAUGGAACCAAGAAGUAAGAGUUUAUCAUCUUUACCUCAUUUCGCGUCGUAUACCGAAUUGUCUUGGAACCUGUGUUAGUCUUUCCUGUCCAGCUGCUGCAGGAAUUUCAGGUUCUCGCUGCCUGUGAUCUCACGGUAGUCAUAGUUACCUCCCUUAACACGUUUUUAGCGAUGUCUUCAGUAGUUGUCUUCAAAUCUUUGUGAUUUGGAAACACACGUUAGAAAAUUAAUCCAACGGGUUGAUCCAUCGCACGCAGUUGUUCAGGAGAAAGGAACUGUAUUUCAUUUCUUUUUGCAAGAUUCGAUGUGGUUGUGCAGCUGAAGGUCAUCUGGUGGUACACCUGUAAGCAGGAGGUUCGGACAGGGUAUCCUAUUCAGCCUCCACUACAUGUACCUAACGAUGAUCACAACUGUAACCCGGAUACCCUCUACUCAUCCAGUUACAGUAAGGCUGCGCGUCUUCGUCUUACUGAUAGAGUUUUUAUUUGAAAAUCAUCUUAAUUUUGUUGAUGCAUUUGUAUUUUAAGUUGUCAUUUUUUGUCCAGAGAUAUUUUAUCCCGAACUGUAAUUAAAGGGUAUUUCUUCACAGAAUUGGUUCGUCUCUCUGUAUAAUUUCAAGUGAUAUAUGUAUGCUUGUAUGAUAUAUAUAUACCCA